AUUUUUGAUUUGAUUCGAAUUUCUGGAAGUUUUCUAAACCCCAAUAGAAACGAUAACGGUCACCGGAAGUAUUUAAGUGGCUCGGACUCGGGUCGAGCUCGCAUGGCGCGCCCUUAAGCGUAACCAAGAAAAUUGCCAAGAGCGAAGAGUUUAUGCAGUUUGUACCCACUUAGCUAGUUUCAGUGUAACUGCUUUGCGCGUUUUUGGGGCCUUUGUGUGGUCCCAAAACAGAAUUGUUUCUUCAAAUUUAUUGUUGCUAAUGUAUCUUUUCAGAUUGCCUUUGAUUGCAUAAUAGCUGUUGACUAAUUGGUUAUUUUAUGAAAUUUAGUUCAAAGAGAUAAACAGAUGACUUCUCAGAAAGAACUGUUCCGUGAUUUAAUGAAUAAUGGAACUUUAUUGGUUACGAAUUCCCAAACUUUGACUGAAGACUUGGCAGAACUGAAGUUCAUUCUGGCCAAAGAUCUGGUCACUUCCAAAAGCAGCGUUCCCAAGAAGUAUUUAGAGUUCAUUGAGAGCCAUUUGAAGAAGCAAUUAUUUUUGGACGUGGAAGAUUGUUAUAAACUGAUCACGAAAUAUUUCACUUGUGAGUUUUUUGGCAACAAAGAUGACGUGAAAAACAUGCUUGAAAAUCACCAACAAAAAACAGACCUCGCUAAUGCGGUCACGCAGUACUAUUUCUCGGAGCAAACUUUCAGACUUCUCGCGGUUCGAGAUUUCUUGAUUUUAAGAUGCCAAAAUAAGGAUGAUAUCGGAACCGAUAGCCGAAAAGUGACUUACAUAGAACAAUGUCUAUCUCUAUACAAAGAAUCGGUUAAAUCUUUUUGUGAAAUAGCAAAUGACGAUUUGAUGCUACAGUUGGAUCAUGCGUGGAGCCGGUAUGUUAACGAUUGGUAUAUAUUGGCUCAGAUUAUGAUUUUUGCUUCUGUUGAGCGAAACUUAACUCUAGCUCAACUAACCGAAAUGAUGGAGAUAUGUGAUUCUAUUAUGAUAGAAUUGCAGCCUUUAGUCUACAAAGCUUCUCCUAGAUUUGCUCAGUUUUUUGAAGAUUUAUUGAAACUGUUUUCCAUCAUAUUUCUCAAAAAUUUCGGCCUUGAUUCAAUUUUUGAGUCAGUUGAUGAGCAAAAUAACUUGGGCAAUGCAUCUCAUUUUGUACAAAAAGAAUCGCCCCAUGCUCUGAAUAAGUUUUCAUCCUUACUUCUCAGAAACUGUGCUUCAUUGCCGAUUGUAGGACUUGCGUGGUUUGUUGUCAGAAGUUCCUCAAAAACUAUUAGCGAAAGUGACGAAAAAGUUGGCCGUAUUUCUCUACAGCGUAAUGCCAUUGAACUAAUGAGGAAACAGCUGAUUUCUGACGAGAUUUCAAAUCCUAUUAUUUCGAAGAUCUAUUCAAGAUGUCUAUUCUUGAUGUUAAGAAGUCUGUUAACUAAAUUUGAAGUCGAAAGUUUGUUUGACAAAACAUCAACCUUGCUCGAGAUUCUUGGGAAGCUGUUACGAACGGAAGAAAAUGCUGUUUCAUUUUUCUUGGAUCUUGAAUUAAACGCGACUGCUAAUGUUGGAUUUAAUUCAACUUUUCUGUCACUGGUUUACAAUUUCCCGAACUCGGCAGCUCAGUUAUUUUCUACUCUGGCCGAUGCCUGUCACCCGUUUUCACACGUGAAGAUUUAUAACCUAGUUAGUGGGCUAAAUGUCGAUGAAGGUCAAAGGGCAGCCGUAGAUGAUUUAUCUAUCAACGGUUGGAUGUUUGCAAAAACGUGUAUAGCCCAAUUUUUAUCUCCGAUGUCUGUUUACAACGAAUCAGGCCUGAAUGAAGUAGAAUUGAUCGCGAAUAUCGUGCAAAUGGUCGACCGGUUAUUGGAUUGUGGUCUAUCUUUACAACCCGCAAUCACGCAGAUCUUAGAACUCUUGCCUCAAUUAGUUUGUAAUCUCAUCAAUUCGUUUUCGUGCGCGGAGUUUGUCCAAGUUGAAAAAACAAUCACGUGUAGUGCCAGUUGUCUGAAGCCUUUGAUGAAAAUACGACCCGAAUUAGUCAUAGACGAGUUAAGACAAUGCGAAAUAUUCCCGAAAAUUCAGUCUAAAUUAUUUAUGUCCGGAAAUUCCCCCCUAAAGUGGGAUAGUAUUGAGUUGAGUCGAAGCUUGUUUACCGAUACUCUAUUUCCGAAUGAGAUUAAGUUGGGCGGAAAGUUUUCAGGAACUGCAACCUUGUUUGAACUAAUGGAACUGGGGUCAAUUAGCCUAUUGGAAUGUUGUGAUAACCAAGUUGAGGUAGUGAAGUUCUUUAUCAUAAAUGCGCAGUUAGUAACGCGAGUUAUUUUACCCCAUAUUUGCUGCGACCCUUUCUUCAGAAUUAAAAGUUCGGUGUCAUUAAUAAACCAAUGUGUGAAAUCAUUGCUUGACAGUCUGAGAGUUCUAGAAAAUUCUCGACUUGAUAUUGCUGAGAUUUAUUCAGCCGAAGUUUGCCAUAUGGUAUUGUUCACAUCAUUUGGGUCGUGUCUAGCGGAAAUUUUAAAACUGGGAAACGAAUUUGUGACAUUAAAUCUGAACAAUCAACUCAUAACUUCGACUCAUUGUGGAAUCGGGACAGAACUUGUGAGCGUCAUUAACAACGUGUUGGAGUUAAUUGUGCAUACUUGGAACUCGAAUCAAAGAAAUGAACAGCUAACUUCAAUCGAGGUCAAGUUAUUUCACGAAAGUGAAGGUUUGGGUUUUAAAAAACUAGUGUCGUUUAUUUUUCACCAAUUAGAUUGUAAUCUGCCAUCAAUCUCCUGUAAAUUGUUAAAACUGUUUGCAGCAAAUGCGAACUCUUCAUUGUUUACGUUUCUGCACGACUUGAAGGAACCAAUUCGCGAUCAGUUCAGUCGAGUUUUGAGCAAGAAAACCGAAAAUGAUUUGCUCAAAAGUGCCAUUUUGCAAGUUAUGACUUGCAGCGUUGAAAGUCAGCCAGCUUUGCUAGACUUCCUGAUAAAUAUGGAUUGUGCUACAAAACAGCUGCAGCAGCCUUCGGUGUUAACACCAAUUUUGAAUAUUCUCUUUGAAAAUUGUGAUAACUUGGGCCCGAAAUCUUUCAUUCCGCAAUAUUUUGUUCACAUUGUCGAGUUAGUUCACGUGUUGUGGACUGAGAGCGAUGCUCAAAUUCAAGUUCAAGAUUAUAUGAAGUCGCAAGACAAAUUUUGGGAAAGUCUGCUCAAAAUUUUAAAGUGCAGUAAAGACCCGAUGAAUGAAAAGAUAGUUGUUUGCGCAACCCGCGUGAUGAAAAUUUCUGCAAUUGAAUUGCGGAACCUUCCUGUUGGAAAUAUGCAAACGGAUCAUUUCAAAAUGGAAGUUACUGAAUUUUUAAAAGAUGGGUUUUGGUUUUCUUGGUUCGAACACGCCUUUAAAAUUGCCAAUAGUCUAAAAUUGAAAUCAGAAAAUGCUUCGAAAAGUUUUCGAGAUGCUGAAAAGUCGUUUCGGGUUUUGUGCAAUUUGGUUUCAGCGAUGAGACAAUUUUUGACUUCAAUUUUAAAUAGAACUGAAUCCUCAAAACUGUUUCGACAAGUUGACAAGAAGGAAAUUAGGAAGGCUUUAACGUUAAGUUUGGAAGCGAUUCAAAUUUUGCUAGAAAUGCUCCGAGAAAAAUCAGAUUUUGAAGAUGUAGACCAUGAAAUUGAAUUAAAUUUGACAGAAGAUAUCAUAAGUGUUUGGUCGAUUAUUGUAUUGAACUUGAUCCAACAACCGGACGUAAAAACGCCCGAAAACUUGGAAAAAAUUUGCGAAAUUUUACGAAUAUCUUCGAUAUUGAAUAGCUUCAAUUUCUACGAAAAAUUCAAUGUUUCGAUGUUUUCGUGCUUGACUUUCAUAAUGCAAGAAGAAUCAGCGUCAAAAAUCCAAAGAGACUCGCUGGUCACAUUAAUGAUUGCAUCGGCAAAUCACUUGUUAAAGUCAACGAUUUCAACAGUUUCUGCUGAUGGUGAAAUAUCGCCUAUGUGUGAUGUGGCCAUUUCAAUGCUCUCAGUUUUGUUUCUAAGAGUGCCUUCCGUUGAUCAGUUCUUAAAGCAAAUCAGUCAGCUGAAUUUGAUAUCAACUAUGAUUUCGCUUCUUAAAUUUGCAGCCAAUAGACAGGGCAAUAGAUCACAACUCGCCUCAAGUGUAUUGGCUUUUUUCGUGCAUCUCAGCUCAUAUAAAUCGUCAGCUGAAUUUUUGGUUAAGUGUAAUAUGCACCAAGAAUUGUGCUUAACCUUGCUUAAUGUAAGCAGACAAUUUGACCCAGAAGCAAAAGAAACAUAUAGUGCAAAACAAAAUGGGAACAAAAAUGGAGCCAAUGCGAGUUCGACCGAUAGUUUCAAUUGUUUUUCAUCGAUGAUGGUUCUUUCAGCUAACCUAUUAGUGCAUGCCGAGUCAGCCUAUCUGGAACAGUCCUUAGACAUUGUCAGUUGCUUUGAACAAAGAAUUGUUCACAACUUUUCGGCUCUCUAUUUCAACCAAUCAGAAUACUUUCUCAACGAGCUGCUGUCAGUUCUGCAGUUCAUACAGGAACUGAGCACCUACAUGAAAGUUUGGAGAUACAAACUGAAAGAUAAUUUUGACGUUAUAACAAAAAGCAUGGCGACAGCCUGUCAAACGUGUAUUGCCUUAUUGAUUCGCCCUAAAUAUUUCCAGUACCUGUUGACUCAUGGGUCGCAUCCAAGCGAUAGGCGACGUUUAAGUACCUCAGAAUCCCCCAGUAUGUCGGGCGACUCCUUGGCCCGAGGAUUGAGUACGAAGAAAUGGACACCGACAGUGGACUCGACCCCGGCUAUGAGUGGAGGAAGCUCCUCCUUGUCCAGACAAAGAAGUCUGAGCUCGACCAUUUUGACAACCGGAACCUCAUUUACUCUUGAAGACGCACAUCUCAGUGGCGACGAACUGAUCGAAAAGCAAAGAAAGCUCCUGGAGAUCGUAACCUUCGUCUUAAUUUCUUUCAAUCACAUGACCCUACCGAUUCCCCAGUCUUGUCUAUUAGUAGCAUGUACUCCAGAUCUCACCCAGUUCCCGGUUCUUCUAGAUGCCUCCUUUUCCAGUCCCUCGAUCGAGUCCGCCAGUGUGCCGUGUUUGGGCACCUUGUUGUCCUGUUGCAAUUAUGCAGUUGGUCUGUUGAUCGCAAGGACAGAUGUUGGCAAGUCUCCGAGAAGAGUGCUAGAAUCGCCGGGAGCAGCGUCUCGUCAGCUUAUGCCUCGUCAAUGUAUAUUCCUCAUGCUUGAAAACGCAGCUCUACUUCUCAUGUCUCAGUCCAGUCUCAUAAUUCAACAGUUCGACAACGGGACUCGCGAUCCGACAGACGGACACAAACGCGACACAGCUAAGCAAGUUUUCAUCCGGGACGUCGCGAGUGAGCUCGAAACAUUUAUAACUUCGAUCAGCCGCUACUUUCACAGAACUGGUAUCUCGAUUCCGCCUCUGAAUAGCUCAAAGGGAGGACCGCAAAGUAGUCCAGGAUCCCAACUGUUCGGCAGUGACUCGCAAGGGUGUGCAAAGAGUGAUUUGGGUUCAUCGGGAACUUCAAGUAGAAAUUACGCAAGUAGCAAUGUGGAAUUGACUGUGUAUUAUAUCGUUGAAUUAUUUUUGAACAGAUGUCUGAAAAAUAGCUCAAGUGGUUGACUAAGUUUGUCAAAAACUGUGUGUUAUGCUCUGCGUUGCUUGUCUAUAUGCUGUGAAGUGUUAAUGACUUUUCUUGAUUGGACCG